UACCUAGCCUGAUCGUUCAGAACCCAGGCUCCUGGUCAGUUAAGACUGCUCUCCUCCACCCCACCAUGGCGAGGGGCUCGGAGUUAGCACCACUGCUGCUGCUACUGGCGGUGGUGACCCGCUUUUGCGUGGCACAGAACAAUUGCACGUGCCCCACCAACAAGAUGACCAUCUGCAGCUCUGAUGGCACAGGAGGCGUCUGCCAGUGCCGGGCAAUCGGCUCACAGAUGUUGGUCGACUGCUCCACGCUGACUUCCAAGUGCCUGCUGCUCAAGGCUCGCAUGAGCACCCGGAGGAGCAGCGGCCGCAGCCUGGUGAAGCCUAGCGAGCACGCGAUCCUGGACAACGACGGCCUCUACGACCCAGAAUGCGACGACAAGGGUCACUUCAAGGCACGCCAGUGCAACCAGACCUCGGUGUGCUGGUGCGUAAACUCGGUGGGCGUGCGCCGCACGGACAAGGGAGACCUGAGCCUGCGCUGCGACGAAGUGGUGCGCACCCACCACAUCCUCAUUGAGUUGCGCCACCGCAAGACCGACCGAGCCUUCAACCACUCUGACCUGGACUCGGAGCUGCGGCGGCUCUUCAAGGAGCGCUACCAGCUGCGCCCCAAUUUUCUGUCGGCCAUUCACUACGAGGAGCCCACCAUCCAGAUAGAGCUGCGGCAGAACGCCUCGCAAAAGGUACUGGGGGACGUGGAUAUAGCUGACGCCGCCUACUACUUCGAGCGGGACAUCAAAGGCGAGUCGCUGUUCGCUGGCCGCCGCGGCCUGGAUGUGCAGGUGCGUGGGGAGCCCCUGCACGUGGAGCGGACGCUCAUCUACUACUUGGACGAGAAGCCCCCCCAGUUCUCCAUGAAGCGUCUCACCGCCGGCCUCAUCGCUGUCAUCGCUGUGGUUGUGGUGGCGCUAGUGGCCGGUGUGGUCGUCUUGGUGGUCACCAACAGGAGGAAGUCAGGAAAGUACAGAAAGGUGGAGCUAAAGGAGCUGGGGGAGAUGAGACGCGAACCUAGCUUGUAGAUGCCCGGCAGGUCCUGGCCUUCCUCAUCACCCCAGACCAGUAUGCGUUGGCCUGUUGAUUCUUGGCCAGGAGGUAAUUUUCCUCCCAGCUCUGACCUCUUCCUUCUCUCUCCACAAACAAAUUCGCUAGAUGCUGAGUUCAGGCCGCCUCCUCGCCUUCGGUCUUGAAGGAAGCAUUUCUGAAAUUCCUUGUCCGGUCAGUAGAAACCUGCCUGACCAGAGUUAAGCAAAGGCGGGCUAGGUGGGUUCAUUAAGAAGCGAAUUCCAGGCAGCUCUGGGUCGUUUCCCAGCGACUUUAAUCCACCUAAAGAUUUAAAUGGUUUGAGAGGGGGAAGCGAUGCUUUCACUGUCCCGAGUUGAUAUCCGUCUGCUCCCUGCCUUACUGAAAAGUUCACUAAUUGAGCCUGAGCGGUGUUCUUCAUCUGCCGUGGUUUGUACGGGAGGAAAAGGCGUUUCCGAUAUCUGAGUACAUUUUAGACGUCUCCGUUGGACUGCGUCUAUUCUGCCUGCCCUUGAUGGAGCUGAUACUAGCAAUGUUCUCUUUUGUAAAAUGUUUGUACAGAUGUGUCUUUGAUAAUGCUGCUGUUUUUUAAAGCAACAACUCGAGUUUAAUAAAAUAUGGGAAAGGCACAAACCAGAAGAUGGGCUGUGUGAAAAUUCCCUCCAGAUUUAAA